UCUGCCUAGACAAAGCUAAGUCUACAGUCAACACGAUAAUUAUGUUCUGCAUUGGUGGCGGUAUCCUGGUGGCCAUUCUUGUGCUGAUGGCUGUUGUCAUCUGUCUUUACUACAAAAUAGCCGACGCGUUGAGACCUCCAAAGGCACCCCUUUGUUUGGCCUUAAAGAGUAAUCCAGCCCUGCUCACUCAGGACAAGGUUGCUGCAGCUGCAGCCCUCACCGCUGGGUCCUACCCCAACCUCCAGUGCUGUGACGAAUGUAACUUAUAUGCCGACUUUGAUAACCUGCCACCGUGCUUCUGUGACGUAAACGAGGGACUCUGACUUGGGUGGGCACAAAUAUCUUCAUGUGCAGUUUUUUAGUAGAAGUAUUAUUCAAGUCAAAUUUUAUAAUGUUUACCUUAUGUAUUAUAGAACAUAUUUGUGUACUUUUGAAUAAAUGCAAUAUUGAAAAUAA